UUAUUUAUUAUCCUUUAAAGGGGCCGCGACCUGAAAAUUUCCGUCCACUCUGCCCGGCUCCCCAGCGCCCCCGGGCUGGUUGCGCGUCGUCCGACCGCGCGCGGGGGGCGAGGGGGCGUCCGGGGAAAAGUGGGAGCCCUGGCGAGCCCCUCCCGCGCCCGGGCCGCGGCGCUGAAUCACCGGCCAGGUUUCUGCAGAUGCGUGAAUGAGCCGGACACCAGCCUCUGUCCCCUGGAGCCCAGCGUGAGGAAGAGGCAUGCCCUGUCAGCCUUCAGCCUGAGCCCGGCGGCCCCCGCCCCCGCCCCCUGCCACCCUGCACUGCCCCGGCUCCCCCGCGGCCCCCACGCUGCAGUGCGGCCGGGCCCCCUCCCCGCAGGGGCCGCCCCCGCCGCCCACCCCUAGCGCCCGUGGUGGUGGUGGUGGUGGUGGCCCGGGCCGCAGGGCCAUGAAGCUGCAGGCCGUGAUGGAGACGCUCUUGCAGAGGCAGCAGCGGGCGCGCCAGGAGCUGGAGGCCCGGCAGCAGCUGCCCCCUGAUCCCUCCGCUGCACCCCCCGGCCGGGCCCGGGCUGCUGCCGACGAGGACAGAGAGCCCGAGAGUGCUCGGAUGCAGCGGGCUCAGAUGGCUGCGCUGGCCGCCAUGCGGGCUGCAGCUGCGGGCCUGGGACACCCGGCCAGCCCCGGGGGCUCUGAGGAUGGGCCCCCAGGCUCGGAGGAGGAGGACGCGGCCCGGGAGGAGACACCGGGCUCACCCGGCAGAGGCAGAGAAGGGCCAGAAGAGGAGCACUUUGAGGACGUGGCCUCCGACGAGGACAUGAAGCCCAAAUGGGAGGAGGAGGAGAUGGAGGAAGACCUCGGGGAGGAUGAAGAGGAGGAGGAGGAUUACGAGGAUGAGGAGGAGGAGGAGGACGAGGAGGGGCUGGGGCCCCCAGGCCCCGCCAACUUGGGCCCCACGGCGCUGUUCCCCCGAAAGGCCCAGCCACCCCAGGCCUUCCGAGGCGAUGGCGUUCCCAGGGCGCUGGGGGGCCAGGAGCGGCCGGGGCCUGGCCCUGCCCACACCGGAGGGGCCCAUGUAGCUCCGCAGCUGCAGCCGCCUGACCACGGGGACUGGACGUAUGAGGAGCAGUUUAAGCAGCUCUAUGAACUCGACGGGGACCCCAAGAGGAAGGAAUUCCUGGAUGACUUGUUCAGCUUCAUGCAGAAGCGAGGGACACCUGUGAACCGUAUCCCCAUCAUGGCCAAACAGGUCCUUGACCUGUUCAUGCUGUACGUGCUGGUGACGGAGAAGGGCGGCCUCGUGGAGGUCAUCAACAAGAAGCUAUGGCGCGAGAUCACCAAGGGCCUCAACCUGCCCACAUCCAUCACCAGUGCGGCCUUCACCCUGCGGACCCAAUACAUGAAGUACCUGUACCCCUACGAGUGUGAGAAGCGGGGCCUCAGUAACCCCAAUGAGCUCCAGGCAGCCAUAGACAGCAACCGACGGGAGGGCCGGCGCCAAAGCUUUGGGGGCUCCCUCUUUGCCUACUCGCCAGGUGGGGCGCACGGCAUGCUCUCCUCACCCAAGCUGCCCGUGUCCUCCCUGGGCCUGGCCGCAAGCACCAACGGCAGCUCCAUCACCCCCGCCCCUAAGAUCAAGAAAGAGGAGGACUCAGCCAUCCCCAUCACGGUCCCUGGCCGCCUGCCUGUCUCCCUGGCAGGCCACCCUGUGGUGGCAGCCCAGGCAGCAGCUGUGCAAGCAGCAGCCGCCCAAGCAGCUGUGGCCGCACAGGCAGCCGCCCUGGAACAGCUGCGGGAGAAGCUGGAGUCUGCAGAGCCUCCUGAGAAGAAGAUGGCCCUGGUGGCUGAUGAGCAGCAGCGGCUGAUGCAGCGGGCACUCCAGCAGAACUUCCUGGCCAUGGCGGCCCAGCUGCCCAUGAGCAUUCGGAUCAACAGCCAAGCCUCCGAGAGCCGCCAGGACUCCGCUGUGAACCUGACAGGCACCAACGGCAGCAACAGCAUCAGCAUGUCCGUGGAGAUCAAUGGCAUCAUGUACACAGGUAGGACCCCUGAGGCCACGCGCUGCCUGGACCUUUCCUCUCCCACCGUGAACUCAGGGCCCUGGGUUGCUCCUGGUCCCACCUGUUCGAACCAGCUGUGCGGGCAAGUAGGGCAUGACCAGGGGCUUUGCGGGAUAAACAGUCAAGGCUGAUGGAGAGGAUACCGUCGUUCACCUGGCGCCAUGCUCAGCCCAGAGGGGGUCAUCCACAGAUACAUAUUCAGUGUGACGCUGGAUGGAUCACAUUCCUAGUUUAUUUAUUUAUUUUUAUGAGACGAAGUCUUGCACAGACAUGCACCAGCAAACCUGGUUA